AUGUCGCCUGCCGACCGCGACAUCCUGCGCGCCUACCGACACCUCUACACUUGGAGUCUCCGCGCCGUGCAGUACUCGCAGCCCGCGCGCUUCACCGUUCGCGACCGACUGCGACGCCUCUUCCGCACAAACGACCGUGCAUCCUUCGACCAGCGCCGCAUUGACAACACCGUUGAAUUCCUCCGCGGCGCAACAAGAGAGAAGGGACUUGAGCACCGCAUAGUCAAGCGGCUGUUACAUGUAUGGUGGCAGGAGCAUUCCUGGAAACGUAGUGACCGCUACUUGAACACUUGGAAGCCCUCCAGGAGCAAAGACGAGAUCAGAAUCGCAAGGACAAUAUACGAUCCUUUCUACCACAAAAUCCGGAUGCUGAACGAGGCAAUGGGCAUGUGCAUCCAGUAG